AUGUUUUCCAAAGGAAAGAAAAAACCACCGCAUAUUAAUGCAGAGGCAGUACUCAGUGAAGAAGCAUUAAACGAUUCUUUGAGAGCGGCUCAAGUUAUCUUUCAAAGACAUUCAAAGGGGAAAGUAACAACUAAUGUAACAACAGCUCCAGUAGCAACAGCAGAGGUUCGACAAAGACCAACAGGAACCAAAUUACAAGAUCAAGCUAAUACAGAUCAAAUUCCAAGAAGAAUCAAUACAGGUAAAUCUCCUAUUCAGGUAGAUAUAGAAUCAUCACCGCAGCAAGUUCUCAGGAGGCCAACCACUACUAAAUCAUAUAGACCUGCUAUUCCACAAACUUCAACGAAGGGACAAUCACCUAUACAGUCACCUAUCAGUUCUAAUGUUAAUGAUGGAAGGGUACAAUUGAGAAGAAUAAAUACACCAAAGGAAUCUAACGAACCUCCCAAGAGAAAACAUAUUCCUGUAUCUUCAGUUUCUACUGCAGCUGUUGAUGCUGCACAUAUUGCAGCUGCACUGGCUCACUCAUAUGUGGCCGAUUCUGAUAAGGAUAAAAAAAUAAUUAAUAGUCCAUCCAGGAUAAACGAUGAUGAAAUAGUGGCGAAAUCCAUUAAACAAGAAGUUAAGAGAGAUGUUACGCCCCCAAUCGAUAGAUCACCAACUCCAGAACCAAUAGAACCAAGACAAUUUCAUAAUUUUGAACAGAAUAGACGUAGAAUGGAAAUUCCACAACCUGUAAGAAGGGAAAGAAUACGACCAAUACAGUUAUUAGAUGAAACCCGUAGUCAGGACUAUGUUGUUGAAGAACAUCCGAAAAAUAUUUCCUCUUCAGUUUUAUCUUCUACUCGAUUUCAACAACCGACACCAAUGGCUAGAACAGCGUCAGAGCCAAUAGAUUCCCAAAUUGAGCCCACUAAUAUGAUAGAUGAUGAAAACGAUUUUGAUGAUCAUAAUUCAAUAGGAAAUCAAAGUCUACUAACGAGACAGCAACAGGCAAGUGGUGAUACAGAAUCCUUAAAUUUAGAGAACCAGAAUUUCUCCAUUGGGACAAAUAUUUUACCAAGAAAGAAAGGGUCCAGCAAGAAAAAUCCAUUAAAGAAAAUAUUCGGUAAAGGAACCACUCCAAGCACAUCAUACAAUACAACAAGUCGAAAUUUCGAUCCUUUGUUAGCGAAUAAUAACAAUACUGUAACUCAAAAUAUAAGCGAUCCUCCAAUGGCAGCUGCUAUGGCAGCUGCUGCAAAAGGUCCUAUUUACGUUCCUAAUCCUAAACCGAUCGCUGCAGUCUAUAGUAAUACUAAUAGCGGAAGUACAAGUAGUAUUAAUACUGCCACUGCGACACAAAUGAGAUUUAAGACUACAAUGAGAUAUGAAAAUCAUAAGAAAUCAUUUAAUGAGGAUAAACCAUGGAAAGCACAUAAAGAUGCCAAAUUUAUGUCUGAAAUCGAACGUAAAAGAUAUGAAGGGAUGUGGGUCAGCAAUCGUUACCGUUAUUUGAAUAUGUUAUAUUGGUGGCCAGUAGAUGAUAUUAGACAAGAGACGGAUGGUCAAUCUGCCUCUGAGGGACAAUCAGCAGGAGAAGAUUCGAGAUCAUUAGCUAGCACUCAAGGCUCAAGAAGCAACGAUAGUAGUCGUAUCGAGUUGAAUCGUAUGGAUACACACACCACGUUAAAGUCUGAAAAGCGAGAUGAAACAAUGAUUAAUGAUGUUGACAAUAGCAAUCUAGUUUUACAGGAUCAUCCAGUAAUUAAUACAUCAAUAGCACAAGAUAGAAUUAUUCAAGAACAUACAAAGGAUGGUAUGAAUGGUGAUGAUGAUGGUGAUGAUUAUGAUAGUCCCGGCGCAGGUGAUUAUGAAUCGGAAUAUUUCUCGGAUAUAGACAAUGAACGAUAUUUACAAAUGAAUAGAAGCCACUCUAUCGGCUCAAAUAACAUUAAGGAUAAUGAUGGUUUCAAUAUUGAAAACUCUCCACGUGACACACCAAGUAUUAUUAGAACAAGUAGUCCAGUUCCUUUCUCACCUCAAAACACUGACUUUACUGUAAUGCCUGGUUCUCGAUCCCCAGCUCCCGAUUAUUCUGAUAUAUUGCUCACUUUACCUCAGGAUGGUUUAAUUCUUAAUUUAGUCGUGAAGGACAUUUGGGGAAGAUCCAAUUUGCCGGACGACCUUUUAAGACAGAUAUAUGAUCUGGUGGACACCCGUAACGAUGGAACAUUAGACAGAAGGUCAUUUCUUGUAGGAAUGUGGCUCGUUGAUCAAUGCCUUUAUGGUAGAAAGCUUCCAGUCGAAGUAGACCGUCAAAUUUGGAAUAGUGUCGAUGGUUAUGUGCUGAAUGUGAUUCAACCUCGGGUUGAGCCAACAGUGAAGAUAAAGAGAAGAGGAAAACGGAACAUCGUAGGCAGAGAACUUAGUAACAUCAAGAAGGGUAUUCGACACGUUCAUUUAUAA